AUGCGGUCCUUGGACCUGGCUUCUCGGCUUCUCCGAAAUCAGAUAGUGACUGACGCAGAUGACUUAACGGAGGAUGCUGCUUGGGCCCAGCACUGUGAUCAGAACUUGGCGGCCCCUGACACCCCAGGGGAAGAGGGAACCAGCAUUCUGGGAGCAAAAAGGACUCAGGCAGCAGAUCAUCAGCCUAUCUUGAAAACAGUUAAGGAACCAGAUGAGGAUGGUCAACUGAGGAUCAGUGACCAGAUGUGAGAAACCAGCGACCUUGAGGACUCCUGGGAUGGAUCCUCGGGCACAGGGUGCUCUCAAGGGACCCCCAGCUACAGCAGCUCCCACCACCUUUUCAGAGGUGCAGCUGCUCCCUGUCAGAGCAGCCCCAUGACCAGACUGGGGGUGUCCGGUGAGCCCAGCCCCUGCACCAGCUCCAGCCGAAACACUCCCGGAGUGGCCUCGGCACAGCGGCCUCCGGGCUCCUCCUCCAGAGUUCCUUUUGCUUCUGGUGGGGAUGGGCCUUUGACCAGUGAGGCCCCUCCCAAGGGGGCAAGGCGAAGAAGGCGGUCAGUGGCCAGGACUAUCGCAGCCCAGUUGGCAGAAAACAGGAGAUUGGCAGGAGAACUUCCAAAGCGGCAGGAAGAAAAAUUGGACCGGCUGAUUGCCAUUGGCAAGGAGGCCAGUGCUCAGCAGGACACCGCCAACGAGCUGCGCAGGAAUGCCGUGGUCGCGGUCAGACGCUUGGCCCCAGCGGUGGAAGAGGCAACGAGUGCUUUUCAGCUAGGGCUUGAAAAGUUGCUUCAGAGGUUAAUUUCAAACGUCAAAAGUUAG